AUGCAGCCUCCAGAAAUGGCCCCUCUGAGUCACGGGUUCCAGGCUGGGCCCAUCCUGGGCUACGGUGUACUGUUCCUGGCCUUGGUUUUGGGAGGGGAAACUGAGUCUUGGAGCACUGAGGUGCUAGGAUUAUGCACAGGUGUGCCUGUUGAAUGGCUGGACUCGGAGCGGAGGCUCUGCUCAGCCUGCUCAUCCUCCGCAAGCCCGAGCCCUCCACCAGCGCCCGAUGGGGGUCGCUGGAGCCUGGUGCAGACCAGGGUAAAGGAGCUGGUGGAGCCGCUGGUGACCGGGACGAAGGACAGGUGGCGGUGGUUCUGGGGUCCGAGCACCCUUCGGGGUUUUAUGCAGACCUACUACGAAGACCACCUGCAGGACGUGGGGCCACGCGCUCAGGCCUGGCUGGCGAGCUCCAAGGACAGGCUGCUGGAGCGCACCCGCAACCUGUGCCCGCGGCUCCUGUGCGGGACGCCGAGCUGA